GAUUUAGAAAUCGGGAUUGGGGGAGAUCUACAACUGUAGAGAAAGAGACUUUGUAAUAAGGAAAGAAAAUUGAAGUCUUUCUUCAAUAAUUUCUCUUUCUCUCACAGAAUUAUUCUGCUCAUUUCCCCUUUUUUUUUAUCUUUCAAGAGGGGAAAUAGAGCUCAAGAUAUAAACACAAAAUUGAAGCUUCCUUUUUAUUUCCCCCGCCCUCUCUCAUAGGUUCUUGAGGGAUUUAAAGAAGGUUUGAUUUGGUUUUUAUACUGAUGGCUACUCCACCGCCAGCACCUCCUCCUACACAUACACAUUCCCCUCCUCCCAAUCCCAGUACACCCACACCUCGGCCUGAGAGAAGACCAUCCCCUCUUGCCUUCUCCUCUCCCGUUCCCCCAAGAUUUUCUCCACAAAGAUCGCCGCACGACCCUUCCAGCUCAACCCAGACACCCCCUGCUAUGCUGUCACCAUCAGCGAAUAAUGCAAAUUCACCUGCUUCUAAGUUUAGUACACCUCCUGGUCCUCCUGUUUUCUCGUCACCUCUUCGACCAGCAGCUGUGCCUUUCCGGACAUCUCCUGCAUCUCCUCAGCCAGUUGCGUUCUCUUUACCUACAAUGCUGCCUACAUCAUCUUCUCCCCGUUAUUCAAAUGGUUCAGUUGGCUUGCAGCCUCAGACCUCUGCUGGUAUAGAGGAGGAGUUUACGCAUGUCGGAGAAUCACCGUAUGUUCUAUUUUCUGCUCACAAGGUUUUGAAACAUAAAAAGCAAGCCAACGUGCCAAGUCUGGGAUUUGGAGCAUUAGUUUCUCCAGGAAGGGGUAUCUCCCCAGGUCCUCAAGUAGUACAACGUGAUCCACAUCGAUGCCAGAACUGUGGAGCGUAUGCGAAUAUGUAUUGUAAGAUUUUAAUUGGCUCAGGUCAGUGGCAGUGUGUUAUUUGUGGGAAACUGAAUGGAAGUGAAGGUGAAUACAUAGCUCCAAGCAAGGAGGAUCUUCGUAAUUGGCCGGAAUUGUCCUCUCCGCUGGUCGAUUUUGUUCAAACUGGAAACAAAAGACCUGGAUAUGUUCCAGUCUCGGAUUCAAGAAUGUCUGCACCCAUUUUUCUUCUGAUUGAUGAAUGCUUAGACGAAGCGCACCUACAACAUUUGCAGAGCUCUUUGCAUGCUUUUGUUGAUUCCCUACCCCAAAGUUCGAGGAUAGGAAUUCUAUCAUAUGGGAGGACAGUGUCAAUUUACGACUUCUCCGAGGGAUCUAUGGCAUCUGCAGACGUACUUCCUGGUGAGAAAUCACCGUCUCAGGAAUCGUUAAAAUCGUUGAUUUAUGGAACUGGCAUAUAUUUGUCAUCCAUUCAUGCUUCACUACCAGUUACUCAUACGAUCUUCUCAUCUAUGAGGCCUUACAAGCUGAAGCUGGCUGAAGCAUCAAGAGACCGCUGUCUGGGUACAGCAGUUGAAGUUGCUCUAGCAUUAAUUCAAGGUCCAGCAGCAGAAGUUUCUCGAGGAAUAGUUAAAAGGUCCGGAGGCAAUUGCAGGAUCAUUGUAUGUGCUGGUGGGCCCAAUACUUAUGGCCCUGGAUCAGUCCCUCAUUCAUUCAGUCAUCCGAAUUAUCCCUAUAUGGAGAAAACAGCAAUUAAGUGGAUGGAAGAUCUGGGUCACCGGGCUCAUCAGCAUGACACUGUGGUUGAUAUUCUAUGCGCUGGACAAUGUCCUGUAAGAGUUCCUGUUUUGCAGCCGCUCGCAAAAGCCUCAGGGGGUGUUCUUAUUCUCAAUGAUGAUUUUGGUGAAGCUUUUGGUGUUAAUUUGCAGAGAGCGUCUUUGAGGGCUGCAGGAUCCCAUGGGUUAUUGGAGAUACGCGUUUCAGAUGAUAUAGAUAUAACUCAAAUCAUAGGGCCUGGCGAAGAAGCACAUUUAGAUACUCACGAGACCUUCAAAAAUGACACUUCUAUUUGUAUCCAAAUGCCAAGUGUUGAGGAAACACAGAGCUUCGCACUUUCUAUGGAAACUAAGCGGGAUAUAAAGAGUGAGUGUGUUUACUUUCAGUUUGUAGUUCGAUAUUCGAACAUCUACCAAGCUGAAAUCUCAAGAGUGAUUACUGUCAGACUGCCAACAGUUGAUAGUGUUUCAGCGUACCUUGAGAGUGUCCAAAAUGAGGUAGCUUCCGUUCUUAUUGCCAAAAGGACUUUGUUACAAGCUAAAACUUCCUCAGAUGCAGUGGAUAUGCGGAAAAUGGUAGAUGAAAGAGUUAGAGAUAUUGCUCUGAAAUUUGGAACCCUAGCACCAAAUUCUAAACUUAAUCGGUUCCCCAAGGAGCUUUCUUUGUUGCCAGAAAGCUUGUUCCACCUUAGAAGGGGCCCACUUCUGGGGGGUAUUGUUGGUCAUGAAGAUGAAAGAUCUGUUCUGAGGAGUUUGUUCCUUAAUGCAUCUUUUGAUUUGUCCCUUCGUAUGGUGGCACCGCGUUGUCUGAUGCAUCGGGAUGGCGGUACUUUUGAGGAACUACCUGCAUACGACCUUGCUAUGCAGUCUGAUGCAGCUGUGGUGCUUGACCAUGGGACAGAUGUCUUCAUAUGGUUGGGUGCUGAACUUUCAGCUCAGGAAGGUAAAAGUGCAGCAGCUCUGGCAGCUUGCAGAACCUUGGCAGAGGAGCUCUCUGAAUUUCGGUUUCCUGCUCCUCGAAUCCUUGCAUUCAAAGAGGGUAGCUCUCAGGCUCGUUACUUUGUUUCUCGACUAAUACCAGCACACAAAGAUCCUCCUUAUGAGCAGGAAGCAAGGUUCCCGCAGCUUCGAUCUUUGAAUGUAGAACAGAGAGCCAAGCUGAAGAGUAGCUUCAUUCACUUUGAUGACCCUAGCUUAUGCGAGUGGAUGCGCAGCUUGAAAUUGGCCCCCCCUGAACCAAGCUAAUACAAGAAAUGAUAAAAUAGUUUCAUUUGCGGCUACUUAAUCUAAACAAGAGAGAGAAAUUGGUAGAGAAUCCAAAGAAUUGCGUCCAAGAUGCCAUUGGAACUUAUUAUACCCAGGGUUCUACAUUGUGUGAGUCAACUCCAAUGUCUUCCUUUGAGAUGGCAACCAAACUGUUCUAUCUCUCAACAGCAAGACAUAGGGAGGAAAGAUUAGGACUUUUUUCUUUCUUUUAAAUAUAUACUGUAGCUUAUCAUUGUCAAGUUUUGUAUUUUUUUCCUCCCCUUACAUUUUGUUUUUCCAUAAUUUGUUUCUUUUUUCUUCUCAUUUUGUAACGUAUAACAGCAGAUCAAUAAGAUUUCACCCCCUCCGAUCAUUGAACA